AUGAAGAUUUCUACCAGCUGCCUCUUGGCUCUCUGGGGUUUGGCAGUAUCUGCCUCAGCUUCAGCCUCUGCUUCAGUUGCCACCAACCCAAAAGUCAACCAGAAGAAAUCCAUCAAUACGGCAGAGCUUGCCAGAGAAAAGCUGGAACGCUUCCAAAAUGGAAUCCGUCAAAAGCUGGAAACUACUGUGGAUACUACCAGUACUGUCGAGAACGAGCAGAACACGAACAAACUACGCCGCAGAGACGCUGCCAUUGACACGAGAAUCAUUGGAGGAUCCAGGGUUAAGACACCUUAUCCCUAUAUGGCACUCCUGGAAGUGGGAUGUGCAGCUGCCCUGAUCCAUGAUGACAUCCUGAUUUCCGCUGCUCACUGCAAUGUCGGUACCAUUUUUGAUCGCAUUUCUUGGAUUGGUUCCGUGAAAAAGGAAGAAGGUCUCGUUCGGACUGUUGUGGAUAUCAUUGAACAUCCCCAAUUCAAUGAUGCGGAUAUUGUAUACGAUUUCAUGAUUAUGAAACUCAACACCACGGCAAAACUAGAUCCAUACUACCGUGUUCCCGGAUCCGGAGUUUCUGUGUCUGUCGAUAACCCCGCCGUGACGGCACAAUCCAAACAAGCAGCCAGAAAUCACACGGAUCUCUACGAAACCGGCAUUGAACCCAUCAUGAUUAACCGUGAUCCCAAUGUACCACAGGUCGGGGAUCCACAACAAAUCAUGGGAUUUGGGGUCACGUCGCAAAGUCAAUUCGGGCUCGUCGAUGACUUGCACGAAAAUACCGUCUAUGCCAUUGAUGAUGCCGAUUGCGGAAACUACUACCAAGCACUCGGAUACUUUCCCAAUGUCAUGAUGUGUGCCGGACACCCCAGUGGAGGUGCUGAUACUUGUCAGGGUGAUUCGGGUGGCCCCAUGGUCGACCUCAACACCAAUACUCUUUCCGGUGUCACUUCCUGGGGACAAGGAUGUGGUCUACGGGAAUACCCGGGUGUCUACGCACAGGUCGAUGCCGUCUCGGAUUGGAUUGAUGAAGAAAUUUGCAGAAACUCCUGCUAUCCACCGGAUACCUGUGACCCCGAAAUCACCCAUCCGUGUGCGGACUACGUACAAGGAGGAGCCGUCCACUUUGACGGACCUCUGGAAUUCACCAUUGAAGUCACCCUGGACACGUAUCCUUCUGAAUUUGGGUCCAUCUUGUCCUUUUACGAAACGGGAACCGAAUUGUGGUUUGUCCCGUUCGGUACCUACGACAAUGAACAAAGUCCUUCCGACAGCCUGCUAGUGGUCGAAGAGACGUUUACGGAUCUGCCCGCUGGAAUUUACCGAUUGGUCUUGGGAGACGGGGGUUCGGAUGGCCUUUGCUGUAACUAUGGACGAGGUGGUGUUACCGUCACUAAUUCUCUUGGAGACGAACUUUGGUCCACCGACGGUCGCUAUGGAUCUUUGGAGGUUGUGUACCUGAACAUUACCGACGAUGGCGAGUUGGUCUGGGCUGCCAGCAACCCCGAUGGUACCGAUAGCAACCCGGGAAAUGGAAACGGAGGAGGCCCACCUUCGACCUUCCCGGGACAAGGCGGCGGUCCUCCGGAAACACCCGGUGGCGGCACCGAAGGCGAUGAUGGAUUCUUCCUUGGCGGUGGAGCAUACGACCCCUCCGAGUAUGACAAUGACUGGCCGGGAGCAUUCCCUUUACUCACCAACUCAACAAAUGUGGUCACCAUCAACGUUCGCACGGAUAGAUUCCCUGGGGAGACUGAAAUUCAAUGGAGCCAGCGAACCGGACCCGACACGUUCCAGCUCCUGGAUCGCGAAAACCCCAUUCGAGGCAGUACCGUGAUCAGCUAUGAAAAGUUCGUCGAAAAUGAGACCAUUUAUCGUUUGAGAAUCCUCGAUGCAUUAGGCGAUGGUACAUGCUGUUUGUUUGGCUUGGGUUGGUUCACAAUCACAAAUGCCACGGCAAGUGACGACUUCGAAUUGGGAACGGUUUUGUGGGAAAUGAUGGGAGGCGAGUUCUUUGAUCUCGAAGAGGUCUUCAUUUGGGUUGACGCCGACGGAAAUUCCCACUUGGUAGAGUACCUGCCGGGCCAGGGCUACGCCUUGAUUGUCUAUGAUAUCGUAUCUGAAGAGCGUAUCUUCGUGGUGUCAGACGAACCGGAAGAACCUGAAGAGGCGCCCAAGAGCGGGCAAAAGGGAUUCGGUGACUGGUUCUUGCCUUAG